ACUGCAUUCAGAAUGGUACUGCAGUAAAAGUAUGUGAGUAAAUCAGACGUGCACUUCAAGUACUGCAGGUUACUUUACACAGUCAGAAACAUCCGGGUUACACAGCAGAAACUGUUGUUGUUGUUGUUGUUGAUUACCACCGGGAGGCGCAGGUGAGUUGUGUAUUUACGGUGCAGCUGACAGCACGUGAACGCAGCAGCCUUCUCUCCGGUUACCGGGGCCGCGUCACAUGUGUUUCUAUUUUCUCCACCUUUCCCUCCGACCCGGAAGUGCUCUGAGGGCGGGGGGGGGGCUGUCUAACACGCAGGUAUUACAUUUCUCUCUCUCUCUCUCUCUCUCUCUCUCUCUCUCUCCAUCACACUCGUCCAAACUCCGCCUCGCGCGCUCCGCUCUCCGGUCACACCACCACCACCAACAACCACCGACGGCUCUGCGGGCCGGACCGAGCCGGACCGAGCCGGACCUGAACCACAACAUGUCCCUGCAGCUGCCUCCGUGCGUGAUAGACUGCGGGACCGGGUACACAAAGGUCGGCUAUGCUGGAAACACAGAGCCACAGUUCAUCAUGCCCUCCUGCAUCGCCAUCAGGGAGUCGGCCAGCGUGGGAGAGCAGGCUCAGAGGAGACUCGUUCGAGGAGUCGACGACCUGGACUUCUACAUUGGAGACGAAGCCGUGGACAAACCCAACUACGCCACCAAGUGGCCGAUCCGUCACGGGAUGGUGGAGGACUGGGACCUGAUGGAGAAGUUCAUGGAGCAGGUCAUCUUCAAGUACCUGCGAGCCGAACCCGAGGACCACAGCUUCCUCAUGACAGAGCCUCCUCUCAACACUCCAGAGAACAGAGAGUACCUGGCUGAGAUCAUGUUCGAGACCUUCAACAUACCUGGACUCUACAUCGCAGUACAGGCGGUGUUGGCGUUGGCGGCGUCCUGGACGUCGCGGCAGGUGGGACAGCGGACUCUGACUGGCAUCGUCAUCGACAGCGGAGACGGAGUCACACACGCCAUCCCUGUGGCCGAGGGCUACGUGAUUGGCAGCUGCAUAAAACACAUCCCCAUCGCUGGGCGGGACAUCACCUUCUUCAUCCAACAGCUGCUCAGAGACAGAGAGGUGGGGAUUCCUCCAGAGCAGUCGCUGGAGACCGCCAAGGCCGUCAAGGAGCGGUACUGUUACAUCUGUCCGGACAUUGUGAAGGAGUUCACAAAGUAUGACUCAGACCCGGGGAAGUGGAUCAAACAGUACCGAGGAGUGAACACCGUCAGUCAGACCUCCUUCCACAUCGACGUGGGCUACGAGCGCUUCCUGGGCCCAGAGAUCUUCUUCCACCCUGAGUUUGCGAACCCAGACUUCAUGCAGCCGAUCUCUGACGUGGUGGACGAGGUGAUUCAGAGCUGUCCCAUCGACGUGAGGAGGCCGCUCUACAAGAACAUCGUGCUCUCCGGAGGAUCCACCAUGUUCAGAGACUUUGGACGGAGACUUCAGAGAGACCUGAAGAGAGUGGUGGACGCCAGACUGAGGCUGAGUGAAGAGCUGAGCGGAGGACGGAUAAAGCCAAAGCCGAUGGAGGUUCAGGUCGUCACUCAUCACAUGCAGCGUUACGCCGUCUGGUUUGGAGGCUCCAUGUUGGCGUCCACGCCGGAGUUUUUCCAGGUGUGUCACUCGAAGAAGGACUACGAUGAGAUCGGCCCGAGCAUCUGUCGGCACAACCCUGUGUUCGGCAUCAUGUCCUGAUGGCGGCGGCGACAGACAGCUCGCCUGUUAGCCUGCUACAUUGUUAGCCUGUUGGCCCUUCAGCCCGCUGCCCACUAGUAGCCAGCCUGUUAGCCUGUUAGCCUGUUAGCCUGUGGGCUCUGCAGCUUGCUGGCCUGUUUAUCUGCUGUCUGCUACCACCAGCCACUUAGCCAGUAGCCUGUUAGUGUCUCAUCCUGUUCAGUUGUUAGCCCACAAGACUACCAGACUGUUAGCAGGCUAGCUCAGCCUCAGCAGGCACAUGGAGGUGUGGAGGAAGAAAAGAGUGAAAACAGAGAGUGCUGUGGUUCCUUCGUUAGCUGUUAGCCCACGCCUGAUGUGUUUGACUGCAGGUUUAAAGUCUGGAUCACAGGUUCAGAUCCAGAUGUGUGUGCAGCUGUUUGAACCUCUGGGUGAAUGAGCAGCCAACAAAAAGCCAAGGACAGGAGCUGCUCUCCUCUCUGUGUCUGAGGUCUGCUGUGGUCUGUCUUCACCUCCUCCCUGCAGUCUGUCAGCAUGUUAGCAUGUUAGCACGUUAGCUGUCAUCACGACUGAGUUACAGGAGCUGAUGGUUCAGUGAGACCUGAUGCUGAGUCUCAGUGAUGUUCUCAUGUGUUGUUUUAGCUGACAGUCUGACUUCCUGUUUACCCAAAGCAUUAUGGGAACUGUAGUUUUAAAAUGAGAGCAGGACUAUCGCCCAGUGGGGAUGUCACUGACUGUGACUCAGCGUGAGGUGAGACUGAAGGUAAACCAGGUGUUUCAGCACGUCACAUCAGUCCUGAGUCUGAUCAGCGACCUCAGGUGAACUGAUGUGAACCAGACUGUGAAUACCUGUGUGUGUGUGUGUGUGUGUGUGUGUGUGUGUGUGUGUGAUAAGCUGCUGCUCUCAGAGUGUUUAUAUUUGUAAAGACAGAGUUUAUCAGAGCACAGAAAUAACACAUAAGCUACAUUAUACAGACUGUGUACAUAUGAACUGAUCCAGGACCAGGUCCAAACCACAACACUGUCAGCCGGAGGACGCUGCGUUCAGGUACAAUCAUGUAGAAAUGUAUUGUCUGUUUUUACCUGUAGUUUCUUUAUCUGUUUUAACUCACGGUGCAGACUCGGGACCUGCUGGUCCUAAUGUGGACUCGGUCCUGACUCUGGACUCACUCAGUCUGUGUUGUAACUGUUUGGACCUGGGUCUGUGGUCUCUGGUCUCUCUGAGCACCUGAACUCUGAUUGGAUGAAUAUUGACGAUGUGUGUUUAAUAAACUCCACCUCCAUCUCUGA